GAAUGGAAGCUUCUUGCUAGAAAGAGCUGUGCGUCUCUCCAGCGAACAAGGUCAGGAUGCAUGGAGUCUGCGGCCGCGGACACGGCCGAGAGUGCUAGCUGCUGUGCUGUGCUGUGCUGUGCUGGCUGGCUGUCCGGAAAGAAAACUGGGGGAGAACCGGCCAUUCCGACAGCGCCUUUAUAAUCAGGGGAGAGGCGCUUGUCAUAACCGCAACAACAGAGAAGGGAAUUCUCAUAGCUGGUUCCGGUUAGUCUCAUUCCUGAAAACUCGGGAUAAGAGAGGGAAAUACGGGAAAAGAUUUUCAAUGGACAGACCAGUUCCCUGAUCCUCCAGUGUACAACAUGUUCAAUGAACAUUUCUGCUGAUGAAAAGGAGUGUAUGAGCAAUGGGUAGUGAGGAGCAAGCAAAAUACCUGUUCUGUGAGCAAAUUAAGUGGUCAUGAUUGCUGAGCACAUCUUAUGAAACUCCAGCCUCAGGUUAGUCUGUGGAGGAAAGAGGGAGCUGAGUGUGAGACAUCAAAGAGAGCUGUUGGAGGAGAGAAAGCAAGCAAGCUGAGAGACCCUCUGCUUCAGAGCAGCCUCUGCGGGGGGAUGAUGACUCUAGAAUAAACUUCCUGUUGCAUUACUAUCCCACCUGUUAAACUGUGCUACUGCAGAAUCACAUGAGAUAUUUUUACAGCUUGAGUUCAUUUGACUGCAGUAUACAAUACACUGCACUAGAUACAGAAAUGGCAACAAACUGGAUCAUAUUUUUGCUGCUCCUCUUCUCUGUUACUAUGUUUUUUGCCACCGCUAUACCAUCUGAAGGGCAUCAGAAUAUGACAGAGGACUUCGCUCAACUGAGUGUUACACGGAAUAAAAUUAUGACAGCACAGUAUGAAUGCUACCAGAAAAUUAUGCAAGAUCCUAUUCAUAGGAAAGAAGGUCCUUACUGUAACAGGACAUGGGAUGGCUGGUUGUGCUGGAGUGACGUUGCUGCAGGAACGGUGUCAGUACAGCGUUGUCCUGACUACUUUCAGGAUUUCAACCCAUCAGAAAAAGUUACAAAGAUCUGUGACCCAAGUGGGAAUUGGUUUAGACACCCAGAAAGCAACAGGACGUGGACAAACUACACCCAGUGUAAUAUCUAUACUCAUGAAAAAGUGAAGACUGCUCUGAAUUUGUAUUAUCUGGCCAUCAUCGGACAUGGUCUUUCAAUUGCAUCACUCCUGAUUUCCCUUGGCAUAUUCUUUUAUUUUAAGAGCCUGAGUUGCCAAAGGAUUACCCUGCAUAAAAAUCUAUUUUUCUCUUUUGUUUGCAACUCCGUUGUGACAAUAAUUUCACUGACUGCAGUUGCCAACAACCAGGAGUUAGUUGCAACUAAUCCAGUUAGCUGCAAAGUUUCACAGUUCAUCUACCUGUAUCUAAUGGGUUGCAAUUACUUUUGGAUGCUGUGUGAAGGCAUUUACCUGCAUACUCUCAUAGUGGUGGCUGUUUUUGCUGAGAAACAACACUUGAUGUGGUAUUACCUUCUUGGCUGGGGUUUUCCACUGAUCCCUGCAUGCAUACAUGCUGUUGCAAGAAGUUUAUAUUACAAUGACAACUGUUGGAUCAGUUCUGAUACUCAUCUGCUGUACAUCAUCCAUGGUCCUAUUUGUGCUGCUCUACUGGUGAAUCUUUUCUUCCUGUUAAAUAUUGUUCGUGUGCUCAUAACGAAGCUGAAAGAUACACACAAGGCAGAGUCCAACCUAUACAUGAAAGCAGUAAGAGCUACUCUUAUUCUAGUUCCACUACUUGGCAUUGAAUUUGUGCUGUUUCCAUGGCGACCAGAAGGCCGGAUCGCUGAGGAAGUCUAUGACUAUGUGAUGCACAUCCUUAUGCAUUACCAGGGUCUACUAGUGGCUACAAUUUUCUGCUUCUUUAAUGGAGAGGUCCAAGCUGUUUUGAGAAGACACUGGAAUCAGUACAAAAUCCAAUUUGAGCACAGCUUCAGCCAUUCAGACGCUAUGCGCACAGCUUCCUACACUGUAUCAUCCAUCAGUGAUGUUCAGGGCUACAGCUACAAUCACGACUGCACCAGUGAACAUUUAAAUGGGAAAGGCUACCAUGACAUGGAGAAUGUUGUUUUAAAAACCGAAAAGCUGUAUGGAUGACUGCCAAAGAAUCUGCAUAUGCCAGAGUGCUCACCCUCAUAGCUCAUGAACUUGAAGUUUGAUUUAAUGACUUCAUGGCCAGCAGAUUGUGCCUAACUUGGGAUAUGUUUUCCUCCUGAAUGAUGCAAAUUGAAAGAACACAUUUUUCGUAUGUAUAUGUACAUAUGCAUAUACACAUAUGUUUGUGUUUCUGUGUAUCUAUAUAGUAUGGACAUCUGUGCAUAUAUAUGUGUGCAUAUAUAUAUUUCUAUAUAUAUAUAUAUAUGCAUUUAUAUAAAUACAUAUAUAAGAAUACAAACUUUGCCUCUUCAGUUUCUACUGUGUAGACAAAGUUGGCAAUUUUUUUGUACAAAGGGAAUCAAUGAAGGAUUUCUUAUUUUCUCCGACGUUUGUAUAAAGACUGUGUUGUAUUGAAGCCACUUCAUUUGCCUAUAGAAACUUAGUGUAAAUACCAUAUUUAUGAGACUAUAUUGUCUUAAUUCAACCUAGAACAGAAGAAAAUGGUUGGUGCAAUAACUGUGUCCACCAUUUGACUGUCAUGAAAAAACACGUAGUCUAAGAUAAUAGACUCAGAAGUAUUGACACUGAGCCAGUUUGGUUUUGCCACUUUUUUAAAUCAAGCAUAUACGUGCCAGUGCAAGUCUGAGACUCUACCUACUUUUGUACAGCAACGGAAUAUUUUACAGUAAGCUUUGAGCUAUUUUAUUUAAACUGUUCUCACGUACACAGGAGUGUCUCCUUCUCCUACUCAAGUUUAUGGAAGUUUCUAAUUGACUUCAAUGCAGACAAGAUCUAUGAGGCCUUACUGCCAGAAAGAAAAGUGCUAAGCAGAAUAACUGUAAGUCCAUCCCGAUGCUAAUCAAUAACGGAAGCUGAUGGAACUUUAUUGUGUGCUUAAGCAAUUACCCAACUGGGAAAAGAUCAUGUACAGAUUUUGUUGUUAUUGUUUAUGGUGGUUUGGUUUUAUUUUUAAGUAUUGCCUUGACCAUAUGCCUGAUAACUUGUUCCUUCUUUUUUGAGCAAAAUUCUGAUUAAUUUAUUUUUUGACUUUGUCCGAGAAAAGCAUGCAAGACUGAUUGCAAUCCAAAUGAUAUGCUGCCUUUAAAGCCAGUGUAUUAGAUUCAGCUUAAUCAAGCAAAUAACUAAUGUUAGUAAUUGUUCAUUAUUGUUUGCGAAAUUCAUUAUAAAGUUUGACUCAUAAAAGUUCAGAAAAUUUGGGAUUGAUAAUUUUGAUAUUAUUUUGUGAUGCUUGAUUCAGAAUCAGUCUCAGUUACUUAGCUUAGAACAGUGCUUCGUAAGUUGUUUCAUUGGUUCUACUGGCAAAUAAAGGUCUCCUCAAUAAAAAAUGAUGAGGUUGUCAGGAAGGUCUUGUAGGGAAGGGAAUGUAAAUCUUAUGCUUUAAAGACAUAGUAUAAAUUGUUUGUUUUUUAAGUGAAAUGACCAAAAAAAAUUGAACGUGGGAGAGCAUGAUAUGAGGUGGGUUUAAGUCUUACUAAAAAGCACAAAAGUAGAAAAAAGUUUUAUUGGUUAAUUUUGCAGAUAAGUCUGCUUCAAAUGAAAAAAAAAGGUGGAGGAAAAUGGAUGUCACAGUUGAUAUAGACUAUUAUCAUGCUAACGAAGAUUAAGUGUACUUAUACCAAUAAAAAACUGAAAGGUCGUUCUUUCUGAGACGACUUCGGUUUUCAAUAAUUAAUUUUGGAUAUGAAGAACUUGAUUUUAACAUUUAAACAUUUUUUUUGUCAUAACCUUUCAGUAAGCUUCAUUAGUAUCUAAUUAAUUUCCUGUCACAGUUUUUUGGUUUGUGACUUCACAAGGCUACAAAUGCUUUUUAUUUAGAAGGAAAACAUUAGGAUGAUGCAGUAAAUUCAUGCCAAUUGCACCUUUACAUAGGUUUUUACAGUUUUUAUGUCUGGUGUUUGAAUUUAGAAAGUAGUCUUGUGUUUUAUUAAUGAGUUAGUUUCAUAAUACUCAGCCAGGAUGCACAAAUCUGUUCUUCUGCAAGGCUAUCUGGUUGAUUGAUGCAAAUUAUAUGACAGUCAGAUGCUUUACUUGCAGUAGUGUGAAAUUUGGCUAUCAGAUAUCACAAUCUUUUAUACUGUAAGAAUACAGCCAUGGUAUCUGUUAUAACAUGAUUAGAAUUUAUUUACACGUGUGCUUGCUGAGCUACAUAUUGUUACUUAAAAUUUGUGCAAUGUUUGGAAAAUAUGAGUGGGUGCAGAAAAUCCCUGCUCUGGUAUAGCUUUACACUUUGGGGACCAGAUCAUCAACUGGUAUAAAUCAGACAUGCUGUCUUGUCAGUGAAACUCAGUAAUUUUAAAAUUCACGAUGAUUCGGCUCUUAAGAUCCCCAGUCUAUAUCCUAGGUCAUUUUCAGAUACCUGACUUUAUUGAGCUCUGUUUUCAGAAUCAAUGGGCUGUAGGUACCAGCUGCGAAUCUAAGCCCAGGCAGAUAUCUAGCUGUUUAAAAGUGCUGUUAAGCCCUUCAUGUCAUAUAAUCAGACAAUUAUUUCAGUGUUAUCUGGUAGGAUGUAGUAAUUAAUUAAUACAUAAGUGACAGUGGGGAGUCUAAUACAAUAUUAAAUUCUGUGAAUUCAGUUUUCUUCUCAGCUAGGCAGUUCAAAUUUAAAGUAGACUAUAACCAAAUUUGUAUCAUUCAACGCAAAGUACUAGGUGCUGACAGCUCCCUAUCCUGUCAGAGAAACUUGUAAGGGGAACUUAGGAGGGAAGAAAAAAAUGAGUUUUUUUUUUUUUUUGGCCCAGAAAUCAUCCUACUACUUCUGGGUGGACAAGCGCAGCAUGCUUCUAGGAGCGCUUGGCUUCACUUUGAAAAAGAAACAUACGUACAGCUGGAUAUGCAGUAAAAUGUGGCUAUGGAGGGUUAAAUGGCAUAAGAGCACUACAGUUCCCCACUCCUCAUGAGGUUAACUGACUAACUAACUAAGCUAUUUCCUAUUUUGCAUUGGAAAAUAUAAAUUCCCUAUUUCCUCUUCCUACCUCAUCUUUCUUUUUCACUUCAUACACAGCCAAGAGCAGGGUCUGCUCCUUAAAAUGUUGUUUUGUCACUAUAAAUUAAGAUCAAAUCCUUAUGUUUGUAUUUCUCAUGGCUUAUUUUCUACUUUACAGAAUGUUGUAGUCAUUAUCUAUGUUCUGUGGGAAUGGAAAAAAGCUCUGUUUUGGUGGGGCUGAGAGAGUCUUUUGAACAUGCAAAUAUUUAUCUGUUAUUUGCGCUUUAUUUGUUUGUUAUCUAGUGAGGAUUUAUUGUAUCAGUCUGAAAGGGGCUAGAGAAACAUCAUCUGCCUUGUUUAGGAGCUUGUCUUAUGUUUGGUAUCUAAUAUCAGGAUGUUUGUUGGUUUUCCAUGAGAUGGAAUGUCUAUUUUUAAUGCUACUGCCUUCAAUUAAUAAAAUGCCACAGAUAGCAACAACUCGUGCUCCAUUGCACGGGCCCUCAGUUUCUUUUUUUUUAAUGUUAACUUUUUUGCUUUGUAUUUUUCACUGUGAUGGUCGAUUUGGAGGUAGACAUGCUGCAUGAUGUACUCCUUUUCAUGUCAUGAAACAUUCAGGCUGGAAAUCAGGCAACUUUCAAGUAAUGUACUAUGUAAAUAAGAUCAAUAGAUGCUACAACAUUGUAUUUAUUGCUUAGGCUAAGAAGGAAAUGGAAAAAAAAUGUGAAGUAAUUUUUGGUUUUGCUUUAUUUUCACUUUGUUCAUAUGAAUCAUCAUGCAUUUUAAUUGCUAAAAAAGUAUUAUGUUUGUGAUCAAUAAAAUACUACAUUUAUUCAG